UUCCGGUCGUAUCUUUGACGUCAGUUCGGUCGGAAGACUCCCGCAGUUGAGACCGAGUUCUUGAAUAUGGGUUCUUUCUUGUCCCAACCUCUGGAGCCCAUCAAAGUCGCUGCGCCUCCUGAGGUCACCAACUCCGCCGAGCCCCUGCCCCUCGCUGCACCUGGAGCGCCGACCUCUCCAGCGGAAGCGCCUCUACUUAAUAACUGCUGGAGCUGUCGCGUGCUCUCCGGGUCGGGGCUGAUAGGGGCGGGCGGGUAUGUGUACUGGGUGGCGCGGAAGCCCAUGAAGCUGGGAUACGCCCCGAGCCCAGGGACUAUUACGCAGAUGGUCAUCGGCAUCAGCAUAGCUUGUUGGGGUGUAAUCAUCCUGGCAGACCCCAAAGGGAAAGCCUUCCGUGCUGAUUGAAAGUACCGCCAGUGAAGUUGUCAUCUUUGUCCGUGUCCCCAUGACACCAGAACAAGCAUCGGACUUACAGAUGUUCUGUACAGACAAAUGGAUAUUGGCAGACUUCAGUCCUGCAGAUACGACAAGACUGAAAAGACAAAUGUAGGUUGUUAUUCUUUGGCGAUGAAUAUUUGUGGCCUUCUUCUCAGACUCCACAGGGACCAUUAAAUCCCUCAGAGAAGAGAACAAGUUCUGUGUCUUAUCUAGAGGAAGAAGAUAUAAUAAAAAUGAAGACGAGAUGAUAAACCAAAUUGGGAAAUGAACCAAAUUAUUAUUUAAAAAAGUUCUCUUUACUUCUCCUAUAAUGGCAUCAACACUUAUUAGCAACUUAACACUGGGUUUGUAUCAUACAAUGUGCAGAAGUACAUAAAAAUUUACAUGUGUACUGCUUAUGAUUUCUAAGGUGUUGUCAAAUCAGUUACCUUAUGAGAGUUUCAAAGCUACUACUGUAAGGUGCUUAUUUCACUGGUGGUAAGUGAAACUUGAAAAUAGUUCUAGUGAUUUGCCCAUGGUCAUUCAGCAAGUCAGUGAUAUAGCUAGGACUUGUUCUUGUUUAGUUCUAGUUCUUGUUUUUUAGAACUAGGAUGAUUUUGUGAUGAAACAAAAAUGAGCAUACAAUAAAAGACAAGUACCAAAAUAUUUGAGAGAAAUUCACAACAUUGUCAUUGAGAACAAAAAUCAGAUUUUGUGCACAGCCACUGGAAUUAUUCCUGUGAUGAAAUUGAGAUGCUUUUGAGAUAAUGACUUAAAAUUUGAUAGUUCAUUUCUGAGAGAAGUCUAUGCUUCCCUUUUCUAUAAAGUUAUACAUAGCUUUUUGUUCAGAGCAGAAACAUAGUCAAGUUUAGUUGCUAAUCACAGUGUGUUAGUUUUGAAAGAUAAUGUUGAGCAAGUACUUUCAAGGCUUUUACUAUCAUGUAUGUAGAAGUGCCUAAGCUUAAUGCUGGAUGUCUGUAUUCCCAACAUUUUCUUAGGUUAAACCAAAACUACAUAAAUCUAACUUGUUGGUCUUGGCUUGACCUUCUGGAUAAACAGAGUAACUAAAAUUUAUAUAUGUAAUGUAGGGGAACCUGGGCUGAUUAAGCGUCCGACUUCAGCUUAGGUCAUGAUCUCACAGUUUGUGAGUUCGAGCCCCCCAUCGGGCUCUGUGCUGACAGCUCAGAGCCUGGAGCCUGCUUCAGAUUCUGUGUCUCCCUGUCUCUCUGCCCCUCCCCCGCUCACGCUGUAUCUCUCUCUCCUUCAAAAAUUAGUAAACAUUUAAAAAAAUUUUUUAUAUAUGUAAUGUAAUUUUAACAUCUUUCUCAGAAUUUGUACUAAUGUGUAAGCAAAUAAGAAUUUUUUUUCCAAAUGAACUUGCCUUCUCACUAGAAUAUUGCCAAGAUAUAUUUGGUUCUUCCCAACUUGGGUCUGUUUAACUAGGUUUGAGCAAAAUAAUGCUCUACUAUGUCUAUGGGCAGUAAACUAGGAAUAACACCCCUCCCCCCCCAAAAAAAUAGAUUAGUUAAAUUUAAAAUGAAUAGUUGUUUUUCUUUUCUUCUUUUCUUUAACUUUGGAAGUGUAUUCCAAAAGUUGUUUUGAGUGGCGCCUGGGUGGCUUAGUCGGUUAAACAUCCAAUUCUCAGUUUUGGUUUGGGUCAAGAUCUUACAGUUGGUGGGUUUUAGGCCCUGUGUCUGGCUCUGCGCUAGCAGCAUGGAGCUUACAUGGAAUUCUCUCCCCACCCCUCGCCUGCUCAUGCUGUCUCUGUCUCUCUAAAUAAAUAAAUAAAUAAACUUCAAAAACUUGCUUUGA